CGGGAUCGAGUCCGUCAACCUGACAAACGAAUCCCCUCUCGAGCCACUUCAAUUACAUAGCGGGAAUUACCUUGCGCGAUUCGUUCGUCAGUUUUAAAGUGACGGCAGGAACGGACGGAAUUGGACUCGAUCGGACCUUGAGAGACUGAGACCGCAUGGGACUAGCGAUGGCUGAAUCAAGAUACACGUUGCUGAGUCGUGUGAAGGAACAGGGCGAAGUGGUGCGACAACUGAAAGCAACAAGGGCCAACGCAACGCAGGAAUACAGAAAGCAGUCUGAUAUAAGGGUUGAGUUAGAGAGAGUAAACAAUGAUUUUGCUGAUGUCAGUUAUGUAAAUGGUUGGUAUCCGACGUCCAAAGAUACCCAAUUGUACAACACCUUGUGUGUCGUCCUUAAUGACCUUGCGAGGUGGCCACAUCUGAACAGAUGGUACAUUAACAUGAGAAGCUUUACUCAAGAAGAGCGUCUAGCAUUUCCUGCUGCGGAAGCGCCAUUCACUUCCCUGGCAGAAAAGGUUGAGCAACUAAACACUAUUGGCUAUAUUAGCAAAGAUACGCUAGAUAAAAAGAUAGAACAGGAACUUGCCAAGUUACUGGAUCUGAAGGCACAAUUGGGAGAUGAAAAUGGUUGCCCUCACAAACUCAUUCUCAAAACGCCUAAAGGCACAAGAGAUUACAAUCCAGAACAAAUGGCAGUGCGAUUGGGAGUGUUGGAGAAAAUUAUAGCAGUAUUCAAACGCCACGGUGCUGAAACCAUAGAUACACCUGUAUUCGAGCUGAAGGAAGUCUUGAUGGGUAAAUAUGGCGAAGACACCAAGCUCAUCUACGACCUGAAAGAUCAGGGUGGUGAAAUUCUUGCACUUCGAUAUGACCUAACAGUUCCUUUCGCAAGAUAUUUAGCUAUGAGCAAGAUAUCUUCUAUUAAAAGGUAUCAUAUUGCCAAAGUUUACCGAAGAGAUAACCCGGCAACGACAAAAGGCAGAUAUCGAGAAUUUUAUCAAUGUGAUUUUGAUAUUGCCGGCCAGUACGAUCCGAUGUUGGCGGAUGUGGAAUGCAUCCGAGUUGUGUCUGAGGCAUUGGAGAAUCUUGAUCUGGGACCGUAUUUGAUUAAAGUAAACCACAGGUCAUUGUUGGACGGUAUAUUUGCCGUGUGCGGCGUGCCUACGAGCAAGUUUCGUAGUAUCUGUUCUGCUGUCGACAAACUAGACAAGAGUCCGUGGGAAGAGGUGAAACAAGAGAUGAUAAAUGAGAAAGGAUUGGACGAGCAUGUUGCCGACAAAGUCGGCAAGUACGUCUCUCUGUCAGGCGGAGUGGAACUGAUAGCCGAACUAAAGAAAGACAAAGAACUAAUGAAACAGCCUGCGGCUGUACAAGGCUUGGACGCAAUGGAAUUGUUACUGAAAUAUUGUAGCAUCUACAGAGUUCUGGAUAAGACCAAGUUUGACUUGAGUCUCGCGAGAGGACUCGAUUACUACACGGGUAUCAUUUACGAAGCUGUAUUAUGUGGUAACGAUAUCGAAGUCGGUAGUGUGGCGGGUGGUGGUCGUUAUGACAACUUGGUGGGUAUGUUCGACAGCAAGAACAAAACUGUGCCUUGCGUUGGCGUUUCAUUAGGUGUGGAACGGAUAUUCAGCGUUAUGGAAGCGAAACUGGCGAACAAAGGUAGAAAAAUACGCACUACUGAGACCGAAGUGUUUGUGGCGAGUGCGCAGAAGAACUUGCACGAGGAGAGAAUGAAGAUACUGGUGGAUCUGUGGGAAGCCGGACUGAAGGCGGAGCAGUCUUACAAAAGGAACGCGAAGCUUCUGGUACAGUUGCAAUUUUGCGAAGAGAACGCUAUUCCUCUGGCGAUAAUCAUCGGGGAGAGUGAACUGGCCAAGGGUGAAGUCACGUUGAGAGUCAUCUCAACGCGUGAAGAAGCUCGCGUGCCGCGCAACAAACUCGUUGAAGAAAUACGAAAACGACUAGAAACAUUACCGUAACACAUAGUUCUCUUGUAUACUUCUCUUCGCAGUCAAAAGAAAAUCAACAUCAGUACAAGAAAAAAUAUUUAUAUUGCAUUUAGACUUGUUUUAAACUCGCGCGUUACAAGUUUAUUUAUUUAUUUUUUUUUUUCACGGCGCGAGGUUUCUUUAUUAUUUCUACGAUGAAUUGUGUUACCGAUGAGCAAGUAAGCUCCGUGUCACUUGCGGACUUAAAUUGCCGAAGCACAAUAAGUAAAUAUACUUAUUGUUGAAGAAGUGAUAGUUACUUUGUAUUCUUUGUCACGUGGAUUUGUUUCCACGUGAGUAAGCUUUUAACUUUUUGUUUGGAUUUUAUUUAUAGUAAUAACACACACAUGUAUACACACACAGCUUCGAGCAAACCGCUCAGGAAACCAAAAAUACAUCUUUAUAACUUA